AUGUGCAGGGCAUUCCCCACAACACUAAGGGGACCAGCCCGCACGUGGUACGGCGGCCUGAGGACCAGGACCGUCGCCUCAUUCGACCAGCUCGCUAGAGACUUCGAGCUCAACUUCCUAGCCAGCGCACGACCGGAACCGUCUGUUGCCUUGCUUGUCGGACUACACCAGAGGGAGGACGAGUCCCUCUCCCACUUUGUGAACCGUUUUGCCACGCAGAUCCGGGGAUUAUCCGACGCUCACCCCUCUCUGUUGAUGCAGGCGUUCAUGAUAGGACUACGACCUUCCCGAUUCUUCUGGUCUCUCGUUGAGAGACCCACCUCUGCGGUACCGGAGAUGCUUCAGCGGGUGAACCAGUUCAUCGCAGUUGAGGCUUGGAUGGCCGGAAAGCAGGAAAAGCACAUGAGGGUUAGACCGGAGCCGGCUCGCGGGCAACAGCCUGCCACGACUAGGCGCACGCUGGACCAAUCUGACCUACCCGCUCCGAGGCCUCCUCUGCCCCCCCUAGGCGCAUCUCGAACGGAGAUAUUUCUCCAGAUAAAUGAGAGAGGGUUACUCAGGGCUCCCGUUCCGAUGAAAAACCCACGAGAGCUCACCGACAAGUCCAAGCAUUGCCGCUUUCACAGGCAAAACGGGCACGACACCGAAGACUGCCGCGAACUGAAACGGCAGAUCGAGGAGCUCGUCUGCAGGGGACAUCUCAGUCGGUACAUCCGACAUAACGGGGAGUCCUCGCCUCUCCCGGAGGGCCCCGUGGAGCACCACAUCGAUGUCAUCACCGGAGGGCCGGCGGUUGGGGGGAACCAGUAUGUCAGGGAGAAAGGCAUACGCCCGUUCCGCUAG